CUAUACCGGAAUCCACAGAACACGGCCCAAACCGCAGAUGGAUCACGCUGUCAUGCGAGCGACGAUGUGGAGGUGCAGGAACAUUAUGGUAACGUCUUCGAGGAGGUGUUCACAGAACUGCAGGUGAAGUAUGGGGAGAUUGAAGAGAAGAAGGUGUGCGACAACCUGGGGACCACCUCGUGGGCAAUGUCUAUGUCAAGGUGCAGCAGAGGCGCUGUCGUUGCAAGUCCCCCAGAUGGGACCCGGGCGCCGCCUCCUCACAGCCUUGCUGCUCCUGGCCCUGGCGCCACCGCCCGAAGCCUCCCAGUACUGCGGCCGCCUUGAAUACUGGAACCCGGACAACAAGUGCUGCAGAAGCUGCCUGCAGCGCUUCGGGCCUCCUCCGUGCCCGGAGCUGCCCAGUCUGGCAUCACAGCCCCUGUCUCGCCUCCUGGAUGAGCUGGAGGUGUUGGAGGAGCUAAUUGUGCUGCUGGACCCUGAGCCUGGGCCAGGUGGGGGCACAGCCUGUGGCACUACUCGACACCUGGCAGCGAGGUAUGGGCUGCCGGCCGCCUGGGCGACCUUUGCCUACUCGCUGCGGCCAAGUCGCUCACCGCUGCGAGCUCUGAUCGAGAUGGUGGUGGCAAGGGAGCCCUCUGCCUCUCUGGGCCAGCUGGGCACACACCUAGCCCAGCUAGGACGGGCAGAUGCACUGCAGGUGCUGUCCAAGCUUGGCCGAUCUGAGGUUUGCUGGGCCUAGUCCUCAAGUUUCCUUUGACCCAAAUGCCUGGGUCCCAGAAUCCCGUGAGAAACAGCCCUGCCGCUCCUGAGACAGCUUAUUCACAGGCACUCUGCUGCGUUCUGAGCUGGAGAAUGUAGAACGCUUGUCAUUCUGAGCCUUAACAGACCUUACAGUGUACUUCUGAUUCCGAACGACGGCCUCUUACCUACCUGUUGAGGCUCAGGGUGGGUGUGAGGUGUGAGGCGGGAGUUCCUACUUGCCCCCAGCCUUCUACAAAUGGGAAGACCACCUCUCCAAACAUUGACAGACUUUAUUGUGAGGGUUCCCACCUGGGACCCCACCUCUUAAAUAAAAAAGUGCAUAGAAAAGAAGGGAUUUA